AUGGACCUGCUUACGUUUGUUUUUGCGGCUGUUAUUCUAGUUGUAUCUGAUGGGUUGAUUGUGCACGGUCCCUCAGGUCCUCUGGUUGCUCCUCUGGGGUCUUCAGUGGUUUUGCCCUGUUAUGUUGAUGAACUCUUACUAAUGGAGGAUCUGGAGGUGGAAUGGAGAAGAACAGACUCAGAUACUCUGGUUCAUCUGUAUCAAGAUGGUGAGAGUCGACCAGAGACCCGGCAGCAGGAUUAUCAUGAUAGAGCUCAUUUCUUUACUGAUCAGAUUCAACAUGGAAACUUCUCCCUCCGUCUGGACAAUCUGAGAGCUCAAGACAAAGGGGUUUACAGAUGUAAGGUUCACAGUCAGCAGGAUUUCGGUGAGAUUGUGGUUGAAAUAAAAGAUGUUGACCAUUUGCUAGUAUCAGGAUCGAGUCGUUCCAUAUCUGUGUCUGUGGGUGAGGACAUCACUCUGAACUGCUCUGUAGACUCUCACAUCACACCUGAACACAUUGAAGAGAUUUCAUGGAAGAAAACAGAUGAAGAUAAAGAUAUUCUGGUUCUUCUCUACCAAAACAAUCAGACUUUAUCAGAUUCAUCAGAUGAGCGAUACAGAGACAGAGCUGAGUUCUUCACUGCUGAAAUCCCCAAAGGAAACUUCUCUCUCAGACUGAAGAGUGUCAGAACUGAGGAUAAAGGAGUUUACACGUGUCAAGUGUUUGCUGAAGGACUUUCAGCCAAUGCAACUGUAGUACUGGAGCGACUGGGUUUCUCUGUUUCACACAUAAUGGUGUUGAUUCUCUGUAUAUCUGCAUCUGGAUCUGCACUCCUGCUCUGCUGGCUGAUCUACUGCAGAUCACACAAUGAAGGUUUAUAA